CUUCCAUUAUUUUAUUAGAAACCAUUUCCAUUUGCUCUUCCUUUCUGAGUUUCUGGGUCCAUAUAAUCAGCCAUUCACUUCCCAUCACAAGCCCCUUCCAAUUCCCAAGUCCCACCUGCGUUUUUCAAUCCCUUCUUCUCCCCGAUCUCUGUUUUCCUCAAGAAGAAACGCCAAAACCCAUCUCCCAAAUCCAUCAAUUCACCCCAAAUUCUCUUCGAAAUUUCAAUCGUCUUUUCAAUUCGAAGAUUUUCGCGUUUGUUCUUUCAGAAAAUAGUAUACACCAAUGCUACUGAUUAAUGUAUCCCGUUGUUGCUAAAGUUUUCCAUUCAGUUUUUAUGAUAAACUCCUUAUUCAGACGCAGGACCCAUCUUGUUCAAUCUUUCUCCGUCGUCUUCCUCUAUUGGUUUUACGUUUUCUCAUGAAUCUAUCCCUCGAUCCAACUAUUUACAACAUAUAAUUUUAUUUCUCCAUCUGGGUCCUGCGUCUUACUCUGUUUUCACCAAGUUUUUAUAUUCCUUUUUUUGUUUCUUUUUGUAUUAUCGUAUAUUCGUAUAUUGUAUUACUGCUAAAAUUUCUGUCUUUUAUGGAUUCUUCAAGUGGGAAUUCAACUAGGUUUACUCAGAUCCAGAACUCUGGAUCUGAUGAGGUUUUGAUCGAUCCCAGAAAGAGGAAACGCAUGCAAUCGAACCGUGAAUCAGCAAGGAGAUCAAGAAUGAGGAAACAGAAGCAUCUCGAUGAUCUAACGGCUCAAAUAAAUCACCUCAAGAACAAUAACAGCCAGAUCGUCACCACCAUAAAAGUCACCACUCAGCAAUUUCUUCAAAUUGAAGCAGAGAACAUUGUUUUGAGGGCUCAAAUGGGUGAGCUGAGUCAAAGGCUGGAUUCCCUCAACGAAAUGAUCAAUUCCAUGAACAAUAAUAGUAAUUAUUUUACAGAAAAUCAUUGCACAAAUGGUACUAGUGGAGUGUUUGAGUUUGAGCAGCCUGAUUUCUUCAACAAUCCAUGGAACAUGAUGCACCUUAAUCAACAGCCGAUCAUGGCGUCUGCUAAUGAUACGUUUCAGUACUAGUCUUCAUCGCAUAAAUGAUUAUGUGUGUGUUCGUGGGCAUGUGUGUUUUAACACUUGAUGCAUAAAAUUUGGUAAUAAGUGGUCAAAUUUGUUUUGAUGAAGUGUGCUUUGAAUAAUUAGACUUUGCACGAAUACUUUUAGACAUGGGUAAUCAAUGUGCUUUGAAUAUUUACCCUAUAUUUAAUUAUAAUUUUUGCA